AUGGAGACCCAGAGGGACAGCCGUUCCCUGGGGCGGUGCUCACUGUGGCUACUGCUACUGGGCCUGGUGAUCCCUGCAGCCACCGCUCAGGCCCUCAGCUACGAGGAGGCCGUGCUCCGUGCUGUGGAUGGCCUCAACCAGCGGUCCUCAGACGAUAAUCUCUACCGCCUCCUGGAGCUGGACCCGCAGCCCAAGGGAGAUGAGGACCCAGACACCCCAACGCCUGUGAGCUUCACGGUGAAGGAGACUGUGUGCCCCAGGUUGACACCGCAGCCACUGGAGCAGUGUCCCUUCAAGGAGAAUGGGCGGGUGAAACAGUGUGUGGGGACAGUUAUCCUGGACCCAGGCAAGGAGUACUUUGACAUAAGCUGUGAUGAGCCCGAGCAUGUCAGGAGACGUCGUGGGUUGCGUAAGUUUGUCAAGAAAGUUGGGAAGAAGAUUCUUAAGAACAUUCGGAGAAUUGGCGGCAGAACCAGGGCCCCUGCUGGCCUCUACGUCUUUGCUCAGGCUGUGCCCCUGGCUCUGGAGCUCUCUUCCAUCUCAGGCCCACCCUCCUCCCAGAUUCCUCCCCUGAUGCUGUGGCCUCUGCCACCCUCCUUCUGCUUUCUUGUGAGGCACCCCAAAGUCAACAAGGAAGAUGAGGGAGCCAGGAGCGCCCUGAGGGGUCUGAUGUCUUGCGAUGACCCUCCUUUCAACCGCUAUAACGGUCCCUGA